UGAAAUCGCCCUCAUUUCCCUCGAGGCAUCCGUUUGAUCUUUACGGCGAGCUUCAAUUAGCAGCAUGAAGAAAUCAUUUCUCAUUCUCUCCCCGUUGAUGCUCACUCUUAACAUCGUUUAUGUGCUUUCUCAGGGCGAACAGGCACUCAACAUAUCCUGCGGGACAAGCAAGAAGCACCGAGGGGUUGACGUACCUUGCAUUUCUGAUCUAAAUAUAGUUGUGGCCCUCUCUAAUGGCAGCAGGCCACGUCCACCAAAAGGUCAGGAUGCUUCACUCCACAAACCACCGACCACCGGAAAGGCAGCUGGGAAGAUUGGCGGGGGGAUUGUCGGCAGUAUAGUGACCAUUCUUGGGGCUAUCUUUUGCUGUCGGCGCAAGGGAAAGUCGAGCGGGGAGGAGGAGGCGGGUCAAAAACAAGCGCCCGCAGAUGUUGAAAUAGGGAAGGCGUCUGAUCCUGAAAAGAAAAACAUAGAUGAACUUCCUAUGCUAAACAAAUGA